GUCUGCGGGAAUAUCGGAUCUCUAACGGCAUCUUCCAGGCGCCACAAAAAGCGCGACGGUUGUCUUCAAACGAGUGGCAAUUAUCACUGUUUAAUUUACGUUAGUUGAGUAGCAACUAGUAAUAUACGUAUUUGUCGAUUCGCGCCGAUUUAAUUAACGACCACACGUCGUAUAAAGUAACGCUAUUGCAGCAUUUUAAAUGGUUAAGUAUUUCAUUAACCUGGCGUCGGGUGUUGACUGCCGGGCUGGUCGCUAGCUUGUCCCGGGCUCCGUUGCGAUGGGCAACCGCGGGAUGGAGGAGUUGAUCCCGCUGGUUCAGCGGCUCCAGGAUGCGUUCAGCGCCGUCGGACAGAGCUGCAGUGUCGAUAUGCCGCUAAUCGCAGUGGUGGGCUGCCAAAGCGCCGGGAAAAGCUCCGUCCUGGAGAACUUCGUUGGCAGGGACUUCCUCCCACGGGGUUAUGGAAUUGUCACCCGCAGACCCUUACUUCUUCAGUUUUACUGUGCUAAUACAGAAUAUGGUGAGUUUCUCCAUUGUAAGGGGAAGAAGUUCACAGACUUCGAUGAGAUCCGUCAGGAGAUAGAGGUCGAGACGCAGUGACUCACAGGAUCCAAUAAAGGCAUCUCUCCUGUCCCCAUCAACCUGCGGGUGUACUCCCCGCAUGUGCUGAACCUGACUAUGGUGGACCUUCCUGGCAUUACAAAGGUGCCAGUGGGUGACCAGCCAUCAGACAUAGAGUACCAGGUACGAGAUAUGAUCAUGCAGUUCAUCUGUAAAGACAACUGUCUGAUCCUGGCUGUCACACCAGCCAACACAGACCUGGCCAACUCUGAUGCACUUAAAUUGGCCAAAGAUGUUGACCCACAGGGCCAGCGCACCAUUGGUGUUAUCACUAAGCUGGACUUGAUGGGUGAAGGGACAGAUGCACGCGACAUACUAGAAAACAGAUUGCUUCCCCUGCGCAGAGGUUACAUAGGGGUUGUAAACCGCAGCCAGAGAGACAUCGAUAGGAAGAAGGACAUCAAAGCGGCUCUUCUUGCAGAGAGGGAAUUCUUUCUAUCCCAUCCAGCUUACAAGCACAUGGCUGAAAACAUGGGCACACCUUAUCUACAGAGAAUCCUCAACCAGCAACUUACCAACCACAUACGGGAGACGCUGCCUGCCUUCCGCGGUCAUUUGCAGAGACAGCUCCUAGUGCUGGACAAACAGGCUGAAGAGUACAGACAUUAUAAACCCGACGACCCUACUCGCAAGACCAAGGCGCUACUUCAACUAAUUCAGCGCUUUGCACUCAACUUUGAGGGGUUCAUCGAGGGUUCUGGUGACAAGGUAGAUACUGUAGAGCUGUCAGGAGGAGCAAAGAUCAACCGAAUCUUUCACGAACGCCUCCCCUAUGAACUGGUCAAGGUUGAGUGUGAUGAGGGAAACCUGCGCCAGGAGAUUACUUAUGCUAUCAAAAACAUCCACGGCAUCAGGACAGGUCUCUUCACUCCUGACAUGGCCUUUGAAGCCAUAGUUAGAAGACAGAUCGUGAAGCUCAAGGGGCCGUGCAUAAAAUUCGUUGACAUGGUUGUUCAAGAGCUCAUCACAACUUUGUGCCAGUGCACCUUCCAGCUUAAUUCCUUUCCCAAACUGCGAGAGGAGACAGAGAGGAUUCUGACCACAGAAAUCCGGGAACAAGAGAGUAAAUGCAAAGACCAGGUCUUGGUGCUCAUUGAUGUACAGCUUGCCUACAUUAAUACCAACCAUGAGGAUUUCAUAGGAUUUGCAAAUGCCCAGCAGAAGAGUAGUGCCAACAAUAAGAAGAAUGUGGUGGGACUGGCAAGAAACCAGGGUGUGGCCCCUCCCUCAAGGCUAAUAGUCAUCCGAAAGGGCUGGCUCACCAUCAGCAACAUCAGCAUCAUCAAGGGUGGGGCCAAGGAAUACUGGUUUGUCCUCACAACAGAGAGCCUGUCCUGGUUCAAGGAUGAUGAGGAAAAGGAGAAGAAGUACAUGCUAUCCUUGGACAACUUGAAGCUGAGAGAUGUGGAGAAGGGCUUCAUGUCAAGAAAACACACCUUUAACAUCUUCAACACAGAGCUGAGGAAUAUCUAUAAGGACUUGCAGGUUCCUGGAGCUGGCCUGCGACUCUCAGGAGGAGGUUGACAGCUGGAAGGCCUCUCUACUGCGGGCUGGAGUCUACCCUGAGAAAGUCGCUGUUCGUACCCUGACCCCUAUG